AUCCGUGUCUUCCUUCUUCUCUAUUUUUCUUCUCGUCGUCCACGCAAGCGUCUGCACAAGGCCGUGGUGAAGCACAAUCGUGCAGAGACGUUGAGCUCCCUCAUCGCGUGGCCUCGCCCAUUCUUUUCACCGCCCACAAGGCAGCCAGUCCGUCAGCUCAUUUACCUGUUUGAUGUUGCUUUGGCCGCAUUUGGGACGGCGAAAGAUGCUGCUCGCUCGAACCUCUGCGUUCAGCAACAAAGACAUGUCACGAAAGGCGCGGUGCAGCUGUGCGACGAUAACGCAGACGCCACAGAGAGAAACGGCUCGAUCAGAGAAACGCAGCACUGCGCGCAGAGAGCGAGAAGAAGGAAUGAGAGGCCCCACGCUCUGGAAUACGGGAACAGCGUCUCGUUGCUUUUGCGACGCGGCUCGUUCGCGUCCGCGCGAGACCGUCUGACCACGCACUCACACGCACCCUCACUCACUCCAGCAAAUUCGUUCCCUUCUCCCGUCGGUCAGAGCCUCUUUGGAACCGUAAUUAUGGCUGGCCUAACGAAGACCUGACCUUUGACCGGGCAUCCAGGGGACGUCCGGCUGAUGCAACGCGCCGUGGGCAUGCAUAGCCUCGCCUCGUUCCUUGCUGGCUGGGCCCCGCGUUUUGACCGGCUCACAGGACGCUCGACUUUUGGACGGACGCCGCCCGUAACCGUCGAGGAAAGGAGACUGCGGAGAAAACUCUGCGGAGAACUACCAUGGAAACUCGCCUGCAGAGCUUUGCUUACUAUCGUCGGCCUCUGGCUGUGCGUAGCCGCGAAUACCAGGCCUCCGAUGCGUCGCCCGCCGUGGACGGGGGGACUGCCGCUGAAUCACAAGCUGGCCGCAUCGCAGCACCGUCGAAAUGGCCGCCGAAGUCCCGUCCAAGAAAACGCAGUAAUUCGUGCACCGGACGCGUGUCUGAUUGGGCGCAACUUGUUAUUACUUGUAUUCUUCUUUGCGGCGCCGACCGUGGGAAUCCCGCGCGUGGCACUGCCUAUCACUCGCCGGCUUCUGGACUCUUGCCCUUUCUCUUUGCUUAAGCUUUCCACGGAGUCAAAACGCAAGCCCGCGUCUUCGCUUGGCCAGAAAGGAGAAUGCGAUUGAUACCAUCACAGUUACGAAAGCCGGUCGUACUACUGCCGCGAAGGAGCCGAAACCUAUAGCGCCCCGCGUUGCUGGGAAGCAAAGGAUCUUGUUGCCAUCCCCGUCUCACCGCACAGGAUCGCCUUCUGGAAGGCUUUUCUUUUCCAUCUCUUUUUUUUUUCCAUAUUUUCUUUUUCUUGUUUUUUCUCUUUCCAAUUCUCAUUACUAGGCCCCGUUAAUUUUCGUCGAUAACCCCAGGGCCAAGAACCGCCUUCGAUCGCGCACCAGCGGGUCUUAUCUCGACACUAGGCCCAUUUGCUUUUUCUUUCGCCCCUAGUGCUGCUCCCCUCUGCAUGCACACCAGCGCUGGUGGCUUGCGACUGCCUCAGCCCGGUUACGGACCUCUACGCGUUUUGAUUUCUUCGUCUGAAGAAACUGCUAGCUCGCAUCACCAUGGGGCUGCUUGCGUUUAGGAGAACUUUGUUUGGGCCCAGACCUGGAUCGGGCUUUUGACAGCUUGCCGGCGGCUUCUCUUGUCCCUCACUCGCUGUGUCUGCCCCGUCCUCUCGCUCGGCUCGAUCUCUCGAGGCUCAGGAGUAACACCGUAUGAGACGAGACAAGAAUGGACGACCGUUAGGCCAAGAGAUCAAGUGUCCAUCUUGACGCCGUGACAGGUGCGCCCGACAUGUUAUUUGCCUUGGGGCCGGAUCCUCUCUGCCUAUCCUUAUAUGCGCUGUUCUCCCCUGCGCCUGCGUCUCCUUCGUUAUUUCAGUGUGGCUCUGUAGCGGCUCAACUCCACAUAUACAAACCAUGUUCAGCUGAGAGAAAGGGAAAAGAAAGUGCAAGGCGCACAUUGUCUUUUUUCAAUUCGAUUGACUCUCCUUUACAGACCGCUUUUCCCUUACUUUUUUUUCCCAUCUUCUUGAGAUGCACAUGUAUCGUGCAAGGCCGUCUUUUGCCCCCUGAUAGACCUUGAUUCGUCCUUUCUGAGCGCGUUGUUGCUCUCCCCCACAGCCUGUUGUUCUCUCCCCGCAGACCUAGCACUCGUUCAGCCUUAAAGAUCGGCAUUUUCGAAGGGGGAAGCAGUAGCCCUGAGCUUGAGAGAUUGCUAACAGGGGGAACUUUGGCCCAUCCGCUAUCAGGACCCGCGGCGCAAACCCGAGUGUUUGGAGACGAUAGUUGCAUCGCUCCCGCACAGUAUCUCUGCGUAUUCGCGGGACACUGUGCUUCUGCUGGCGGGCCCCCCACCCUAGCACACGCACGCACAAACACGCAAACGCGCUGCCGGCAUUGCACGCCGUAUCGCGAAAGAUUGGCGUCGUGGGCUGGCGAAACAAAACCAAACGGCUGGAGCGGACGGUCAGAGUGUACUGCUAUCUUUUGGCCCAACAAAGCAUUACGGUCCAGACGAGGUGCGCGACCGCACGCCCGUCAGCGAGGACUGACAGGGACCCCCAAGGCCCGAAAAGCGAGCUAGCCCAGGGCGGGUCGCGGCAAACUCAGCAGACUGCAUGCGCAAACCAGCGUCGGCACGGUGCCUUUGCGAACAGCUCGACAAUUCCCGGGUAGGUGAGCAAAAGGCCUUGUCUCCGAGGCUGCUUGCUCUGCUACCUUCCUAAACUUCAGCAAAAUUUACGCCCUGCACCAGCACGAAUCAAGGAGCCAGUCCGCUUAUGUCGUAGGCUCACCGCACACGCGCGCACCCCACCAGACCCGCGCGCGGGAGGUCUCCGUCCACGAGCUACGACGCCAGAGCAGGAGCCUCGCCGAGCUACGCCGGCCUGGGAAGGACAACGGCAUUCUCAUCACCGUCUCCGUCGCGCAGGAGUCGGAGGGUAUCCGCAAUCUCGACGACCGCUCGUCUACCACCGCCUCGUCCACCACUGCCACCUCUCCGCCCACGUCUCCCUCCUGGCCCUUCAGCGAACUUCCCUGGGCAGAUCCUCUCGGCCUACCCGCCCGUAGGCUGCCGCAAAAUCUGCCGGGUUACUCUUGGUCCAUUGGCUCCGCUGCGUCCGUCGACAACGUUGCCGAGAAGGUUAAGGUACCCCUUCUGAGAAGACCCUCGACCGGAAGGAGGAGAUCAGAGAAAAGGAGGCCAGACGUAUCGCCUGUUGCUGCGACUGCUGCCGGUACUGCAGGCAGGCAGUCGCUGCAUUCUAUACCAGAGAAAGCCGCACUCCGUCUUUCAGGAGCACCCGCUGUCGUCGCGCCAUCUCCGGGCGUUCUCGUUUACGAGCUCACUCAACAGCUCUACGCCCCCGAACCGCUCGAGAAUCCAGUCCCGCACUCCUUCAGCAAACCCGCGGGGAGGCCGACUGUGUCGUCCCGGCGUCAGCUGCCGGCGAGCUAUCUGGUCAACAUGGCAUCGAGAGGCGCACGCGCGCGAAAGGUGACAGAGAAGAACAUACACAAAGAGGAGAAGAAGAAUUCCGAGAAGGAGCGGGCCGAGCGAUUCGCACGCCUGCACUCACCAGCGGGGAACCUGAGCGCUUCGCGCCCGUUCUCGCCCACGGACAAGAGCCACGUAGCACCGUGGAACAAAGCCGCAACCCCCGUACAGCCGUCCAGCGCGUCCGUCACGUCCAGCGGUAGCAAUGGCUCCACCUUCUCGUCCGUCAUGGGUUCGCGCUUGUCCUCAGCCGACGAGCGCAAGAAGUAUGCAGCCAAGGGCAAAACGACGUCGCAUCCGCGCGGGCGGGGUGGCGGCGUACCUGUUAAGGUCAAGAACCUAGAGGAGACGCGCAGCAAGUCGAGCUUCUCCGCCAGCAUUGAGGGCCGCUCCAACAAGUCUCGCUCGCACUCCGUCUCGUCAGACCAUGCAAAACCUACGUAUGAGAAGUCCUGGGCGAACACAAAGCUGUUUAUCGGCGGCGGCCAUUCCCCAAAGCCGUACGCGGGCUUCGAGCACGACGACGACAUGUGGAUGGCCGACGGUGACUGCCUGAUCUUCUUCAGCGAGGAGACCAGCGAGGACGAUCCCCGGCCCAUGCUAAGGGUGCACAAGGGCGUGCUCGAGCAAGCCAAGUCAACUUUCAUGAUCAACCUGCUGCGGUACGGCGAGAUCGUGCGCGAGGAUGAUGACACGCCGCCCAGCAGUGCGGGCCCCACGCCCUCGCAGUCGCAAUGGCCGUUGACCACCAAGAGCCUUGGCCACCUGGACCAGGUGCUGUCAGAGAGCACGCAGAGGCUCGACCUCAGGUCGCCGCCUGUCUCACAGACGACCAGGUACAACCAAGACAGGGACACGUGGUCUACGUCUGAUCAGACGCUGUUCUCUCCAGGAGACCGAGAACGGUCCCGAACGGGCCCAGGCGGCCAGCAGGCGCCGUCCAGCAUCACGUUGCAGUCGCCUGCCGAGAGCCUGUACGGCGAUCAGCACGACGACUCCGCUGUUGAGAUCACUCACGAGAUCUGGUUCCGAGCCCCGUCGCACAUAAAGCGGCCGGAUAUCCAGAGACGGCAUCACAUGGCGACACGCAACUACAUCGCUCUGCUAUAUGGUCUUCCAAUUAUCGGUAAUGACUUUUACGAGAUGUUGUCCGACCUUCAAAACGUCAUGGACACGUAUUACGAGUUGAACGAGCCGUCGGAACGGUGGAACAGCGCGCAGGUCAUUGUGCAGUACUUGACUCAGCGAAGACUCGACGACGUUCGAGGGAGCCUGACCAAUGCUCUUGGUCUGCUGACUUGGUCGGAGCAGCCAAACGUGUUGUGGGACGCAGGCUACCUCGAGGCGUUCGUUCACUCCGUAGGUAUGAUGACGCAGGCUACCAUGAAGACGAAAGAAUACCGCAAUCUGUCGCAGGUGACGCGGCACAAGCUGCAGAUGGCGUACAACGGCUCGCAGCUGCGGCUCAUCGAGGCGGAAGAGCGACUGGCCCGCUUCGACUUUCCAGAGAUGUGGUAUGUCGACGGCGUGGCGAACAACUCGCCGAUACAGAAGAGCUUCGAGUCCUUCCGUGAGUUCCUCUUCGCCUUCUACGAGGAGGAGUACGGCAGCUGGCCACCUAGGAGCGAGGACCACCAAGGCCACUGGCUCAGCCGCGCCGUCAUGACUCGCCUGCAGGCUGACUUUGGAGCCGUGUACAACUACUGGGUUGACCGAGACAUCGUCUGGGACGGCAACGAGAGCAGAUCAAGCAGGAAGUGGGAAAUGGUCCCGAAGCGACUUCGCGCGGGUGGCUUCGAGGCCGACAGCCCUGGCUUUCCAAUCACCGACAUGCUGAUCGGCUUUGACUCGAGCCAAAAGUACGACCACAUCCCACACCCUUACCCCUUGCUGCCGGAAACAAGGUUGCCGAGCCCGAAGCUACAAAGCUCGCGCAAGAACCUGCUCAGCAAGUUCAGAUCCAAGGAUAAGGAGGCCAUCCCGGAUGUGAAGCAACAGUAUCAGAUGGCGCUCGCCUUUAACCAGGCCUCCAACAUCAACAGACUGGGUACUACCUUUGAAGACAACAAACUGCUCGAAUCGAUUUCGACGUACGAGAAGUCGGCGACGACAUCCACAAUGACACCGUCCGAAGCUCGUCUUGGUCGUUGGGUCCUUCUCUACGGUAUUCUUCAGGUGCUUUCUACCAUCUCUGUUGACACAGUCGGACUUAAAUACAAGGAUAAGGUCCGUUAUUACAUUAACCCAUCCCUUGAGGGAUGCCCUCCCUGGCGCUCGCCAGACGCUGCACCUCUCAUGAUUGAAGCCUGCCAACAACGCAGCUACUGCUGGACUGCACCUCAAACCUGGACCGACUCGACGCGACGGCAUUCUGGUCCAGGAGCACCGCCGGGCUACUCAAACCACCAGUAUGAGCUGACGGAGCCGAUGAACAACACCCCCGAGCCCGAGGCACACUCCAGCAUGAGCAUGCACCGUAACCCCUCCAUUCUGCAGACGGCCAUAAACGCCUCCACAGUCACCAACUCGUCCCGCGCCUCUAGCACCUCGCGCGGCCUCCUCUCACCCGAAAGCACGCGCGGGCCAUCCCUGCACCCCGUGCGCAGUCCGCUCGCCAGCCCCAGCCUGAUCAGCAGCCCGCUCGGCAGCGCACUCGUCGGUUUUCCGGACGAGAAGUCGGACUACGAACUGUCAGUAGAGCAAGAAUCGCCCAUGCUUGUCCCGCCCACCAGGAACCCGCGCCGCGUCAGCCCGGGGCCUUUGGACCGCGGGUCCGCGCCCAUGAGCCCGUUGACGCUCGACGCCGUCACGAGCACAACCCCACCGAUGUCGAGCCCGGUGCUGGUUGACCGCGAUGAUAGACCGCCUCAGUUGGGCGAGCUGUCGUUCUCCAGGAGUGAGGAGUCUUUCCACGCAUAAUACAUGGCUCUUCAGUCUCUCCCCCUUUUUCAAUAAUUUCUUUCCAAAAAAAAAAUUCCUUUGCUUCUCUAGACACGAAAGCGUAUCUUAAUUUCCUCACGCUUAGCGACUUGACAUGGAAUUGGAUGAAACGAGGUCAUAAAAAUGAUCCUAUUUUGACACGGGGUAACGCGUGCACUAUGCUUGUAAAUUCGGCGAGCUUAUAUCCAUUCUUGAACUGCGCAGCGGGAUUCGUCUUGCCCUUGGCAAUGCCCCGUCUUUUCGUUUCUUUUUUCC